AUGAGGAUGGAGCAGAAAAAGGCGAUUGAAGGUGCUGCUGGUGGUGCCAAAGGCACCGUCGAAGAUGACAGCAUUGACCUCGAAGACAAUGUCGAACGUGCUAAGAAUACAGCCGAAGACGCCGCCACUGCCGAAAAUACCACCGAACAGCCGAAGGAAACCGCCGAAGACGCGGUUGAAGACGUGGACCAGCAAAUUCCUGGCCUUGAGACACUCGAAGGGCCGGUCUGCAACAAACUCGGCUACAUCAUCGACAAAUCCACCGGCAAGCCGUUGGCCAAUUCACCAAAGCGCGGCAACGUGAUCGGCCAAGCCAAGGCCCUCCCGGUUGAGGAGGAGGACGACGAAGACUGCUUUGUCGAAGACGACAACUCGACCCGUGUCGGCCGCCUGAUCGAAGGCGUUGCGAAGAAACUGAGUGGUCGUGUCGUCGACGAAGAUGGUGAAAUCCUGGGCCGAAAGGGUAAUGUCAUUGGACGCGCUGAGCGCCUCGAACCCGAGAAAGAGUCCGAGGAGGAGGAAGUGGCUGGCUAUGCCAUCGGACCCGAUGGGUAUCCCAUUGCCCGUUUUGUCGAGGGCAACCCCAAGGAGCUUGCCGGUAAAAAGAUUGAGGAUGGCGAGAUCUACGACGGAAAGAAGAUCGUUGGUGGUGUUGAGCUUAUUCCCGAGGAUGAGCUCGACAGCAAGCCGGAGAGUCUCUUCGCUGGCAUAGAUAGCCUCUUUGUGACCAAGGAUGGAUACGUCGAGGAUGAUGAGGAAUCCAUUAUUCGUGGUCGCGCUGUCGAUGAGGAUGGCGAGACUACCGAUAAGCACGGCAAUGUCAAGGGUAGUGCUGAGCCUUACGAGCCUCCCCAGGAGGGCCACGUCGAGGAAGACCUCUCUAUCCUCGAGCGCAAGGUGGUCAACAAGCCUAGUAACAUGGUUGAUCCCGCGACUGGCGCUGUCGUCGGACGUAUCGUCGAAGGCGACAAGCGCCUCGCGGAUGCAAGGUCGAUGGCAAUGGCCAGAUCUGGGGUGACAAUGGCAAGGUUUUUGGACGCGCCGAGCUCAUUGCCGGCGCCGAGCAACACAAAGCCGAAGGGCGGUGACAGUCUGGCUGCGCCAUUCUGGACACUGUCGGAACCUUUCUUCGCUGUCUCCUUCAUCUUCCCGGUAAGGCCCUGA